AUUUAUUUGUUGCUAUAAACAACGUUUUUAAAGGGUGUUUGUAAAACUCGCCGUCGGAGUGAAAAUGUUCAAGAAUACAUUUCAAAGUGGAUUUCUUUCAAUACUUUAUAGUGUUGGCAGUAAACCUCUCCAGAUAUGGGAUAAAAGCGUAAUGAAUGGACAUAUAAAAAGAAUAACAGACAAUGAUAUACAGUCACUUGUGUUAGAGCUGAUGGGAACUAACGUCAGCACCACAUUCAUCACUUGUCCGGCGGAGCCUAAGCGAAGUUUAGGCAUUAAGUUACCAUUCCUUGUGAUGAUUAUUAAAAAUCUAAAGAAAUAUUUCACCUUUGAAGUCUUGAUUUUAGAUGAUAAGAAAAUUAGGCGGAGAUUUCGAGCUAGCAACUAUCAGAGUACCACUCGUGUAAAACCUUUUAUUUGUACCAUGCCAAUGCGCUUGGAUGAAGGAUGGAACCAAAUUCAGUUUAACCUUUGUGACUUCACAAGACGCGCCUACGGAACUAAUUACGUCGAAACGUUGAGAGUACAAGUUCAGUACACAUCAGUUGGUAGCUGAUGACGUUUAAGUACAGUUAUAUUACUUUUGUCGUCCUCUUAUGCCGGUUUAUUCCUGGAUGUAGAAAGAAGGCAGACUUUUUCAACAAGUAUCUUUCUAAUAUGAAGUUCAAAAUAGUAAGAUAUUAUCAAUUAGUAGUUAUAUUUGAUUGAUAUUGAUGUUUCCUUUUUUGCAUCGUACGACUAAGGGUCUGUUUGGAUUUGUUAACAAGUGAAUUUAUGGUGCUAAACUAUGAGAUUACUGAAGUUCAAAUUACCCCAAUUUCAGAAGCUGUCAUUUAGAAUCUUUGAAUAGUAAAGAAGCUAAGUUCAUACUGGAUAUAUCAUGCAAACAGUGUUGUCGGAUCACUCUGGGAAAUCAAUCAACACUACAAAGAUUCAUAAUGAAAGUAAUAUGUUAUUAUGAGUUUGGAAAUAAGCUCAAAGGAUUGUACUUUAUAAAGUCGUCACUAUUCUUGAAUACCAAGAUAUUAAAGUUUUACUAAAUUGUCGCUUUCCCGACACAGAAUAGACAAAUAAUCUAAAUGACGAUACUUUUUAUUUACUUAUAGCUCUUCUUUAUAUAUAUGGAUCUUUUUGGCAGAAUAUGCCAUCUCUGGCGAAUAGUAAUUGGAAUCCACUUUGAGUUGUGUUGUAUUAAUUAUUGGUGUCAGUGGUAUUGAUAGAAUAAAGUGAGGCUUUACAGAUGAACGUCAUUAAUACAAGGCUUAACAAGUUUCAUGCUAGUAUUGUCGAAGACUGGGUAUUAAAUAAACAUGAAAAACAAUAAAAACGAUAAACAUAUAGUGUGAAAGAUAUUGAAUGACAGGAGGCUUCCAUAUCGUGAGGGGAGAUGGAGUCUAAGUUUAUUUUUUGUUAGCAGACUUCAGUAAUAUCAUUCAACUUCUUAAACUGUUGAUUAUGCUGACAUUUAAGUACUCGUUGAGGGGUCUUGUAGCUGGCUGCAAUAAACUUAUCAUUGAUGUCAAAUUUGUUUGCUCUAAAAUGUCUAUGUUUAUAAAGAUAUAAAUAUAGUGGUUUUCGUAUUUUAGAUUCAUGCCAACUGUCGCAUACGCAGAGUCUACUUUUGUGAUCGGUUGUAUUCAGAAAGCGAGCUACCCCCAGAGUUCAAAUUGUAUCUUCCAGUUCAACAAAAAGUAGCUGCUUCUUGAUCUUGAGAGAAGGCAUUGAGAAAUACAUAAAAAACAACAUAAUAGGAUGUUCAUUUAAUGCCUGUGAGAAAUUUAUUUGUAAAAUGAGCCAAGUAAAUAAUAACUCAGAUAAAAAUAUUUUCUUUAUGUGCUUAUCAGCUCGCGAGGAUUAAAACCUGUGAAAUAAU